AUGUCUGCUCAAGUAGAACCAGCAUUUCCCCUCGACUCUCUGCUUUCAAUCAGGGACAUCACAGAGCUCGCCGAGUCUCUGGACAGAUACCUGGAAACGCGCAGUUACCUCUGCGGGUUCAGCCCCUCCCUUGUGGACCGCCGCACCGCUAAACUCUUGACCUCCCCCCCUCCCUCGCGACUCAAGCACGUCCUCCGCUGGUACAGGCACAUAAUUGCACUGCCACCAGAAGGAUACUCGGGGCAGGAAGCAGACGGCCCCAAAGGGAAGCGCGUGCAGCCGCUGUGGUCGGCUCCUGAAGGCACCGCGGUCCCCCAGCUCAGACUCUACAACAGCCUCACCAGGACUAAGGAGGUGUUUGUUCCACAGAAGGACAACAAGGUGACGUGGUACAGCUGUGGUCCCACGGUGUACGACGCCUCUCACAUGGGACACGCCAGGUCCUACAUUUCUUUUGACAUUCUGAGGAGGAUCUUGAAGGACUACUUCAAAUAUGACCUGCUCUACUGCAUGAACAUCACAGACAUCGAUGACAAGAUCAUCAAACGAGCACGGCAGAACUUCCUCCUGGAGCAGUACAGAGACAGACAGCCUUCAGCAGCACAGAUCCUGCUGGAUGUGAGGAGUGCUCACGGGCCGUUCCAGUCCGUUCUGGCCUCUACCACUGACCCAGACAAGAAGCAGAUGUUGGAGAGACUGGAUGUCGCUGUCACUGCUGCGCUCCUGCCACUAGAGGCAGCUGUGAGCAACAAGGCCCCAGACACAGAGCUGCUUCCACUUGCACAGACAUUGCUGGAGAGCUCAAAGGACCUGCUUUCUGAUUGGUUGGACAAACAGUUUGGCAGCACGGUCACAGAAAACUCCAUCUUCUCCACUUUACCCAAACACUGGGAGGGAGAGUACCACAGGGACAUGGACGCUCUCAACGUCCUCCCCCCAGAUGUGCUGACUCGGGUCAGUGAGUAUGUCCCAGAGAUUGUGGAGUUUGUCCAGAAAAUCGUCAAAAAUGGCUAUGGAUAUGAAUCAAAUGGCUCGGUGUAUUUUGAUACGGCAAAGUUUGAUGGCAGUCCUCUUCACUCCUACGCCAAACUGGUGCCAGAGGCAGUGGGCGACCUGAAGACCCUACAGGAGGGAGAGGGAGACCUGAGCAUCUCCGCAGACAGAUUGAGUGAGAAGAAGUCUCAGAAUGACUUUGCCCUGUGGAAGGCCUCCAAACCCGGGGAGCCGUCCUGGGACUCGCCCUGGGGAAAGGGCCGUCCGGGCUGGCACAUUGAGUGCUCUGCGAUGGCUGGGACCAUCCUGGGGGAAUCCAUGGACAUCCACGGAGGAGGCUUUGACUUGCGCUUCCCUCACCACGACAACGAGCUGGCACAGUCCGAAGCGUACUUUGAGAACGACCACUGGGUGCGAUACUUCCUGCAUACAGGGCAUUUGACCAUCGCCGGCUGCAAGAUGUCCAAAUCUCUGAAGAACUUCAUCACCAUCAAAGAUGCUCUUGCUAAGAACACAGCUCGUCAGCUACGGCUCGCCUUCCUGAUGCACGCAUGGAAGGACACUCUGGACUAUUCCCCCAACACCAUGGAGUCAGCCGUGCAGUACGAGAGGUUCAUGAACGAGUUUUUCUUGAACGUAAAAGACGUCCUUCGAGCGCCCACUGACAUUACCGGUCGCUUUGAGAAGUGGGAGGAGCCAGAAGUCGAGCUCAACAACAGCUUCUACAUGCGUAAGCGGCUGAUACAUGAGGCCCUGUGUGAUAACAUGGACACACGUUCGGCUCUGGAUGAGAUGAGAGUCCUGGUGGGACUCGCCAACAGCUACAUGGCCAACCGCAAGAGCUGCAAGCUGAGGCCCAACCGACUGCUACUGGAGAGCCUGGCCACCUACCUCACAUCCAUGCUCAAGGUAUUUGGAGCCAUCGAAGGAUCAGAGCCCAUCGGUUUCCCAGUGGGAGGACAGGCUCCGAAAGGGGAUCUGGAGAGCACAGUGAUGCCGUAUCUCGGAGUCUUGUCAGAUUUCCGAGAGGAAGUUCGGAAAAUUGCCAGAGAAAAAAAAGUGACAGAGUUGCUGCAGCUCUGUGACGUGGUGCGGGACGACACUUUACCAGAACUUGGUGUCAGACUUGAAGACCACGAAGGUCUGCCCACUGUGGUGAAGCUGGUCGACCGAGAAACGCUGCUGAAGGAGAAGGAGGAGAAGAAACAGUUGGAAGAAGAGAAGAAGAGGAAGAAGGAAGAGGCGGCAAAAAAGAAACAAGAGCAGCAGAUGGCUCUUCUGGCAAAGAUGAAGAUCCCUCCAUCACAGAUGUUCCGCUCCGAGACUGACAAAUAUUCAACAUUUGAUGAAACGGGCUUUCCAACCCAUGAUGCCGAAGGGAAGGAGCUGAGCAAAGGCCAGGCCAAAAAACUGAGGAAACUCUACGAGAAUCAAGAAAAACUGCACAAGGAUUAUCUGCAGACGAACCAGAAUGAAAACUGA